AUGAGUAAUAAACGAGGUCGACGUUCAAAUAAAAUUUGGAACCAUUUUGAAGAAGGACCUAAAAGAAAUACUUUGCAUAAAGCAGCUAUUUGUAAUUAUUGUGAAAAAAAUAUUCUUGGCAUUUCAGAACAAAUGAUUAAUCAUCUUUGUGAAUAUGAAGAUGCUGACAAUUAUGCAGAUAAGCCAUUUUUAACAUAUAGAAAAAAAGCAAUUUACAAACAAAUUGGUCGUGUAGUUGCUUCAGCUAAUUUACCUUUUUCAUUUGUUGAUGAUCCUGAAGUUAAGAAACUAUUUGCUUU